ACUUGGAAUCCCUAAUCUUGGCAUUGCUAAUAAAUAUCAGAUCAUUCUGCAAAACUAUGAUCGUGACAUUGAGAUGGUUACUAGGCUGUAUUCAAAACACAAGAAUGAUCCUCCUCUGGCUCGUAAUCUUCCUCCCAUGGCUGGUAAGAUCUUGUGGGCACGGCAGCUAUUUCAUCGAAUCCAGGAACCUAUGAAUCUAUUCCAAAAACAUUCCACAGUUCUGCAGACAGAAAAAGCGAAGCCUAUAAUUCGCAACUACAACAGAGUGGCGAAAGUCCUUCUUGAGUUUGAAAUCGUCUAUCACAGAGGAUGGCUUCAACAGGUUGAGCUAAUUAAAGCAGGACUUCAAGCAUCAUUAUUGGUGAAAGCUCCAGAGACUGGAGAAAUAUUUGUGAAUUUUGAUCCUGAGAUUCUCACCUUAAUCAGGGAAGCGAAAUGCAUGUCACGCAUGGGGCUAGAAAUCCCACCACUGGCCAUUGCUAUUCAAGACAAACAGGAUGCUUACAAACGAAAUUUCAAUAAACUACAGAUGAUGCUGGCAGAAUAUAAGAGAGUAAAAUCAAAAAUCCAAGUCCCGCUUCAUGCUCUAAUGGCUCCUCAUUUGGCUGAAGUGGAUGAGUCGAUCCAACCAGGAAUAACCGCACUGACCUGGACAUCCCUGAAUAUUGAAACCUAUUUGGAGAAUAUUUUCAGUAAACUUAAUAACCUUGAGCUGUUACUUGAUCGAGUAAAUGACUUAAUAGAAUUUCGUAUUAGCGAUGUCCUUCAAGAAAUCAGUACUGUGCCCCUCUGCAGUCUUCCUGAAGAUGACCCACUGACCUGCGAACAGUUCCUUAGCAUGACAAAGAUAGUGAGAAUAUCUCAAAGCAGAAACGAAAUGCUGCGCCCAUCUUUAAAGCCAGUGUUAUCCUUUCCAUUCCGAAUUUCGCUAUAAUGCCAACCCUUGAAGAAAUUCAGCAAACACUCAACAAAGCUGUGGAUUGUAUUGUAAGCACCAUGAAAGGAGUUGGUCAAUGGAGCAAGGAGAGGCUAUCAAAGAAAAAGUUGUUAGAACGCAAAAUGCUUGCUUUACGAAAUGAGGGAGGCAGUGAUUCUGAGACUGAAAUGAAAGAGGCUGACCUUGGAAACCAGGGAAGUUGUCUCAGCUUUGGAGCGUUUCAAAUGUUACCAUCACAUCUGGCAGAGAGAGAAGGAAGAAACCAUUGAAACUUUCAUCAAAGGAAGCCCUUUGCUCUCUGAUUUUGAAUCCCAAAUCCUUUAUUACCGAGACUUAGAAUUAAAAAUUAAUUCGGAAUCUGAGUACAUAUGCGUGGGAACUGUUGCACUAUAUACUGCGGAUUUAAAGUUGGCCCUUACAACCGAAACCAAAGCUUGGAUGACUGCGUUUGGACGCCACUGUAAUAAGAAAUACAGGACCGAGAUGGAGAACAUCUUCACCUUUGUAGAGGAAAUCAGCAAGAAACUGAACCGUCAGAUUAAAGACUUGGACGACAUAAGAAUAGCGAUGGCUGCCUUGAAAGAGAUUCGAGAGCAACAAAUCUGUAUAGACUUCCAAGUGGGGCCAGUUGAGAAUGGUCCCAUGGUAGAUGGACUUGAACCGCAAGAAGCUAGUGACAGGCUUAUAAUUUUCCAGGUAUUUCCCCUAAUGUUUUGCUUAUUAAUGUAAAGUAUCUUCCCGGCCUGAUAAUCUUGCACUGGGCUCCACUUUCCUCCCAACCAGGAUACCUUCGAUUAGAUCAAACUCGCAGGCUGGAUGUUGAGUUUAGUUUAC